AUGGGGGUUCUGGCAGUGCUGCUAGGGGUGCUUGGCUUUCUGGGGUUGACUCCAGGGGGCUCCCAUGCCCUCCACUGGGAUAGCACUUCUUGCCACUUGGCCAGAUCCAUCCCUGGCAGCCCUCUUGGGUCCUUGAGCUUCCUGGGCAAGGAUACCCAGGGACUGGCACUGUUCCACGCCCGCUGGGAUGCACACAGAAGGCUGCAGGUAUGUAGCAGGCUGGAUGAACCAGAGCUCACGGCAACUUUCGGUGCUCUCUGUGUUCAUGAGAUCACCCAGGGCUUCUUCAUUCACACCCCCGGACCUGAGCUUCAGAGAACACUGGCCAUGCUUCAGAGUCAGUGGGAAACCUGCCGAGGACCUGAGGAAGGUCCAGCAAGGGCCAGGGAGAAGAGAAUGGCAGGGCAGAGUGAAGCACCUGGCAGAGGGCAUCUGCGAACAAAGAGAGGCUGGACCAUGCCUGGCACACUGUGGUGUGGAGUUGGAGACUCUGCUGGGAACUCCUCGGAGUUGGGGAUCUUCCAGGGCCCUGAUCUCUGCUGCCGGGAACAUGACCGCUGCCCACAGAAUAUCUCGCCCUUGCAGUAUAACUAUGGCAUCCGAAACUUCAGAUUCCAUACCAUCUCCCACUGUGACUGUGAUACCAGGUUCCAGCAAUGCCUGAGGAACCAGCAUGACUCCAUCUCGGACAUUGUGGGUGUAGCCUUCUUCAACGUACUGGAGAUCCCCUGCUUUGUGCUGAAGGAGAAGGAGGCGUGUGUGGCGUGGUACUGGUGGGGAGGGUGUAGGUCGUAUGGCUCGGUGCUACUCGCCCAUCUCCAGCCCACUACCUACUACAAUGCCUCCUGGAGAUCCCCCGUCACCUCCCUGACUCCAAGUCCCCAAAGCCUAGCCCCCACCAAACUGCAACAAAAGCAGCACCCUCAGAAGAGGCAGCCACAGCUAAAAAACUCCAGGUACCCCAGUCUGACCAACACCACAGUCUUCCAGGCCACAUCCUCCAGGACUGAUGUAGCCCCCACAGCUGAUACAUGGGCUCCCCAUCCAGUUCUCCAGCACCUAAAACCUCAGGGUGCCCACAGGGCCUGCCGUAGCUUCCGCCGCCUGGACCAGUGUGAGCACCAAAUUAAGCCCCAGGAAACCAAGUUCCAGCUGCUCAACAGUGCCCAUGGGCCCCUUUUCCACUGCAACUGCACACAACGUCUGGCACGCUUCCUGAGGCUCCAUAGCCCACCUGCAGGUGCCAACAUGCUCUGGGAGUUGCUGGGCACCACCUGCUUCAAAUUGGUCCCUCCACUGGACUGUGCUGAGGACAAAGGCUGUUCCAAAGACUCAAGGGCCAUCAAGGUGUCAGCACGGCACUUGCGGCGACUUCAGAAGAUACGAUUCCAACUCAGGGAUAAAGACACAGAGGAAGGGCAGGCAUGGCCAUUGGAGCCCGCAGGGACUCCUGUGUCAUUCUACAACCAGUGCCUGCAGCUAACCCAGGCAACCUGGAGACUUAAUGGGCAGCAGAAAUUCUGGAGCUAGUGACCUCAGUUCCAGUUCUCUUGAGCAUCAGCUUGGACCUUAUCCCUAGCUUGACCAAGCACUGGGAAUCUUGGUCUCUUCUCCAUGGGUUAUACUGCAGCAUGGCAGAAGCUCUUAUGGAAAGCCGGGAGGCUAGAGGUGGGGGACCUUAAGGCUCAAAUACCAGAGCAUGUCUCCUGCAGUGCUGGGUGACCUUAAGCUGGUGACAAAACCCCUCUGUGAGGUUUUGUGAACAUGGUAUUCAGGAGGCUCACUCUAAUGCCCUGGGCUUAGGGUCUUAUAUAGGAAACUUCACAUUUGAAUGGAAAUGGGGAGAGUAACUUAUUGCAGCAGCCCCAGGAGGUCCUAGAAGGAGGUACAUGCAUAUUCAUGUUGCAAAAUUAAUACAUGUCUCAAUAACCUGUCUAGGAAAGCCCUAGCACCUUGUCAUGAAGCCCAGGGCAGCUGGUAGGAAACUAGGAAUGUCACAGAAGUGCCUGCAUCUGAAUCCAGGAUGGGGGCACUGGAGAGGGCUUCCCAACUCCUCUCUUUCUAGGGGGCUCCUUCUUUUAAUAGCUGAUACAACCUUCCUAGCCUAGGCCUGGACCAUUCUUUCUGCCCUAAACCUAAUUCAAAUCUGUUCUGUGCACUGGGGCAAAGGACCUCCCUCCCCUGUUCUAAGCCUUGAUUUCCUCCUCUGAAAAGGGUGUGUGUGUAUACCAGAGCUACCUCAUAGUCUUUUGGGGAUCAAAUGAACUAAUAUUUACAUACUUAUAGCACUUAGCACCUAGUAAAUAUUCCUUCUCUAACACAGCCAAACUGCUUUGGUAUAACAUCCUGAGAAACUGAUGUAACCUCUUGGAGACCUCAAUUUGCUCUCCCAUGCCUGAGUCUAAGAAUGGCACUGAACCCAUUUGGUUGUGGUACAGAUUAAAGGAGAUGGCAUGAAUCCCA